UCGAAUGCACCUCCCUCCCUCGCUCCCUCCCUCGUCCCGUUGCUCCCGAAACGUGCACUCUGUUCGCCGAUUCUGUAUUCGCGAAGGUUCCGGUUGCUCUCAAUCCCUAGAUUUCAAUCCGCGACGAUGCCCAUGCACUUGAGGCUUCCGGUCUUUCUUUUGGCCUCGCUGAUUUUCUUCGCCGUAGAAGCAAAGAAACUCGAUCCCUACAAGGUUCUUGGGAUUGAGAAAAAUGCAAGUCAGCGUGAAAUUCAGAAAGCUUUUCACAAGCUUUCUCUUCAAUAUCAUCCCGACAAAAACAAAAACAAAGGUGCUCAAGAGAAAUUUGCUGAUAUUAAUAAUGCGUAUGAAAUAUUAUCUGAUGAAGAGAAGAGAAAGAAUUAUGAUCUCUACGGGGAUGAGAAGGGCAAUCCUGGAUUUGAAGCUGGCAGCCCUGGGGACCGUGGAGGAUAUACCUUCUUCACAAGUGGUGGACAAGGCAACAGUGGGUUUCAGUUCAGACCGGAUGACUGGCAAAGUAUGGGUGGUCAUGGACAAUCUGGGGCAUUCUCAUUUUCGUUUGGCAACCCCAGCGGCAAGAGUUCAUUUGGUUUUGGCCUGAAUGAUGUUUUUUCUAAUUUUUUUGGGGGCAAUCCAAAUGCUGGUGGUCACUUUGGUGGUUUUGAUAGUUCAACAAAGUCUAAGCCUGGGUCUAUGGGUUCUAAGAGCAUCCAGGCUGUAAAUUCACAGGUGUUUAAGAAAGAAAUAACUGACCAAGGUAUCACUUGGCUUCUGUUCUCUUACACACCUACAUUGAAGGGGAAUCAAUAUUAUGAAUCUAUUGUAGAGGAGGUAGCCAGCUCAUUACAAGGAGCUUUAAAGGUAGGAAGCAUAAAUUGUGAAAAGGAGCAGUCUUUCUGUAAGGACCUUGGCGUGUAUCCCCGUAGAGCACCAAGGAUAUUUCUCUAUUCAUAUAAAACAAGUGACAGUGGUUCUUUGAUAGAGUAUAAUGGUGACUUGGUUGCAAAAGGUUUGAAGAUCUUUUGUCAAGAUCACUUGCCGAAGUUUUCAAAGCGUGUAGAUUUGGAUAAUUUUGACUUCUCUCAUACUGUGGAUGGGCUGCCUAGGGUGAUGCUUCUCUCUAUGAAGAAAGAUACACCUGUGAUUUGGCGAGCUCUAAGUGGCUUGUUUUACAAACGCUUCGUCUUCUAUGAUGCAAGGGUUCGUGAUGUUUCUGAUCCGAUGGUGAAAAAUUUAGGAGUAGAUGCACUUCCAGCUGUUGUUGGAUGGCUACCAAAUGGGGAGAAGAAAGUCUUAAAAGCAGGGAUUUCUGUGAAAGAUUUGAAAUCUGCCAUUCAUGAUCUUAGCGUCUUGCUUGAUGGUUUUGAAAGAAAGUGCAAGAAAGUUGCUUCAAAUCAGGCUAAAAAUCCUGAGACUGAGUCGGUUGAUAAAAAGAUACCUCUCCUCACAGGUUCAAAUUUUGAUGCCCUAUGCAGGGAGAGGACUCCUGUUUGCAUUAUUGGUGUAUUCAGAUCGCCAAGAGCAAGGGAGAAGCUGGAAUCCAUUUUAUUAAUGGUCUCGCAGAAAUCAUUGACUAGGCGACAGAACACAGCCUCUAGCUCAAGAGAUUCUAUUUCGUAUGCUCUUCUGGAUGCUACCAAACAGCCAGCAUUCCUAAAUGCAUUUGACAAAUCUGGAUUUAAAUCGCUGGAUAAGUUCUUGGUGGCUUACAAACCUCGGAAGGGGAAGUUUGCAGCAUUUGUGAGUGAAACGACUGCAGAGGAAGUAGAGAAGUUUAUCAGCUCAAUCCUUAAUGGGGAUGUACAAUUCAGCAAAACACGACAGAAGCCCAUGCUUAAGUGAGUGAGCAAAUGGUGGCAAUGUGGAACUGCACAGUUUCUAAAUUCAAUGUACAUGUAGGUGCGUCAACAAUUUUGUGAUUGAUCAUAUUUAGAGUUACGGCACAUGGAAGGUUGAACUUGGUGUGAUAGCAAGUGCUCGUCUUUCAUUGUACACGAUAGCAUUGGCCUCCCCGGAAUUGGGGAUGAGGCUGGUCACUGAGCCGACUUAAAACUCAAGAGCACAGCGGCUAUGCUGGGUUGCUGUAACUUCUACAUUUUCAUCAGUUAAAUGUACAAGUAGAGGGCAGUUUUUACCAUUUUAGUUUUGCCACUUACUUGGAUGUGUACAGAUGGGUUGAGUCAGAGAAGUUUGUGUGGUUGAGAUUGCUGUUUAUUUUAUCCUCAUGAGUGCACAAACACUGUAAUCCAUUUGAAUGUAUGAUCCGUACCAUCGUCUCCUGUAUUGUAUACCCCCCACCCCGUUUUUUUUAAUUUAAUAAUAAUAAAAGUAAUAAAAUAUUUUUGCUCU